UUCACUACGAUCAGCAUCGAAAUGCCGUCUGUGAAACCCUUCUCCGCCGCCGCAGGCAUGCUACGAUCACGAUUGACCUCCACCCUCCGCCAGCGAGGAGACGCCACUAACCGGUGGACCACCCCUGGCCACCAGGAACGACCCAAUGGCUACUUCCUAAACCGAACCCCUCUCCCGCCUGGCCAGUCAAGGAAGUGGGAAGAUUGGGAAUUACCUUGUUACGUUACCAGCUUCUUAACAAUCGUCAUCCUCGGCGUCGGGCUCAACGCGAAACCGGAUCUAACCCUAGAGACCUGGGCGCAUCAGAAAGCACUAGAACGCCUCGAGGCUCAGCAGCAGAUAAUUGCAUCGGCCCCAUCGGACGAAUCCGACUGAUUGUUCAAUCCUCAGUCGUGUGGUAAUUUUUCCUAAAAUUUUAUUUGUUCGGAUGUUGGGGAUUGAGUCAAUUACUGAUGACUAAAUGUGAAAAUUCGAAGCUAUGAUGUGUUCAUAUAUGUUUUGGUUCAAUGCUCUAGUUUUCUAAUAAUAAUGUCCAGAAUUCUGAAUAUGAUCGUCUGAUUGCUGGAGAUUUCCGUCUUGAUUUCCCCUUGACACUAUAAUGUUUCUUCAAAGUUCCUGCAAGCUAUAUUAAUCCGUGAGAACGGUAUUUUUGGUCGUGAAUUUAUCUGCUGGUUCAUG